AAAUACUGGGUCAAAGUAAAGUUUUUUUUUUAUGGCUGUAAACUAACCGAAGAAGCUAACAGAAACUGCUAUUGUACCUUCAUUUUUAAAUUUUAUUUAAAAGUAGAAAUGAACGUUGUGCUUUUAUUUACAUUUAUAUUGGCCGUCAUUGAGCUGAUUUCUGGAUUCGUUAUCCUACCUUUCGAAAAUGAUGAUUAUAAUACAAACGAUUAUAUUCCUGAAGAUAAAUCAUUAGACCUUGAUGGAAGUACUAUAAAUGGCAACGAUGAACCAACAACCACGUCGAUUACACCUACGGAAGUGUCAAUACUCACAACACUCACAACUACUCUAGACACAACGAUACGGACGACUACUCCUUCCGUCUUAGAUGAUAAUGUUACAACAAGCAAUCACAACGUGCCUACAACCACGUCGAUAAUUCCUACGGAAGUCACAAUACUCACAACACUCACAAAUACUCCAGACAAAAAGAUAAGGACGAUUUCUCCUUCCGUCUUAGAUGAUAAUGUUACAACAAGCAAUCACAACGUGCCUACAACCACGUCGAUAAUUCCUACGGAAGUCACAAUACUCACAACACUCACAACUACUCCAGACAAAAAGAUAAGGACGACUACUCCUUCCGUCUUAGAUGAUAAUGUUACAACAAGCAAUCACAACGUGCCUACAACCACGUCGAUGACUCCUACGGAAGUCACAAUACUCACAACACUCACAACUACUCCAGACGCAAAGAUAAGGACGACUACUCCUUCCGUCUUAGAUGAUAAUGUUACAACAAGCAAUCACAACGUGCCUACAACCACGUCGAUAAUUCCUACGGAAGUCACAAUACUCACAACACUCACAAAUACUCCAGACAAAAAGAUAAGGACGACUUCUCCUUCCGUCUUAGAUGAUAAUGUUACAACAAGCAAUCACAACGUGCCUACAACCACGUCGAUGACUCCUACGGAAGUCACGAUACUCACAACACUCACAACUACUCCAGACAAAAAGAUAAGGACGACUACUCCUUCCGUCUUAGAUGAUAAUGUUACAACAAGCAAUCACAACGUGCCUACAACCACGUCGAUAAUUCCUACGGAAGUCACAAUACUCACAACACUCACAACUACUCCAGACAAAAAGAUAAGGACGACUACUCCUUCCGUCUUAGAUGAUAAUGUUACAACAAGCAAUCACAACGUGCCUACAACCACGUCGAUAAUUCCUACGGAAGUCACAAUACUCACAACACUCACAACUACUCCAGACAAAAAGAUAAGGACGACUUCUCCUUCCGUCUUAGAUGAUAAUGUUACAACAAGCAAUCACAACGUGCCUACAACCACGUCGAUAAUUCCUACGGAAGUCACAAUACUCACAACACUCACAACUACUCCAGACAAAAAGAUAAGGACGACUACUCCUUCCGUCUUAGAUGAUAAUGUUACAACAAGCAAUCACAACGUGCCUACAACCACGUCGAUUUCUACGGAAGUCACAACACUCACAACUACUCCAGACAAAAAGAUAAGGACGACUACUCCUUCCGUCUUAGAUGAUAAUGUUACAACAAGCAAUCACAACGUGCCUACAACCACGUCGAUAAUUCCUACGGAAGUCACAAUACUCACAACACUCACAAAUACUCCAGACAAAAAGAUAAGGACGACUUCUCCUUCCGUCUUAGAUGAUAAUGUUACAACAAGCAAUCACAACGUGCCUACAACCACGUCGAUAAUUCCUACGGAAGUCACAAUACUCACAACACUCACAAAUACUCCAGACAAAAAGAUAAGGACGACUUCUCCUUCCGUCUUAGAUGAUAAUGUUACAACAAGCAAUCACAACGUGCCUACAACCACGUCGAAGACUCCUACGGAAGUCACAAUACUCACAACACUCACAACUACUCCAGACAAAAAGAUAAGGACGACUACUCCUUCCGUCUUAGAUGAUAAUGUUACAACAAGCAAUCACAACGUGCCUACAACCACGUCGAUGACUCCUACGGAAGUCACAACACUCACAACUAUUCCAGAAGAAAGGACGAAUAUUCCUUCUAUAGACAUAGAUGACGACGAGGAGUAUCAUAAUGAUUGCGAUUGUCCACCUCAAUUUCUAAAUAAUGUUGUAAAAUGAACAUGCACUAUUCAAUUAUAAUAGUUAAUAUUAUUUCUAGUGAUAAAUAAAAUUAUGCACAAUAUGAGAAUCGGACAUUUUAUAAACAAUUGAAACAGUAAACAUUCAUUUGAUAGACAUAGAUUUUAAAACGAUAAUAUUUUCGAAACAAAGAGUUCCAUUAAGUAACCAACAAAAAUAUUGUAACACCCAAAGAAUCAUAAAUUAAGGUUAUUAGCCAGUACAACACUUCCCCAAACGUAUCCUUCAAAUGUUGCACAUAUCCAUAGAUUCUAUAAAUCCACUUCAUCUAAUAGGACUUAAAUCAAAUGCAUAUUAGGUAAACAACGAAUAUAUUAUAUUAUUACCUAAGUAUUUUCAAUAUUGAUUUAUCCAAAUUAAAAUAUUGUAACAAAUACAAAAUAUAUCAUCAACAAUUUAACGUUCAUAA